AUGGGCAACCAAAUAUCCACGAACGCGCCGAGAGUGCAGGUAUCGGAUUUAGUGCAAACGGACGUUCCAGAGUUGAAAUAUAAAGACGCGUUAGGUGGUGGACGGUUUUUCAAGACCCAUCGGUGCGAAACGAAGUCGUUUACGUCGUCGAUACCUUCCGCAGAAGAAGAAGAAGAAGAAGAAGAAGUAAAAAGAGGAAGAGAAGAAGAAGACAAAGGAACGACGACGAGAAGAAAAGCCACCAAUAAAAAUACAAACGAAGAGGAAGAAGAAGAAGAAGAAGAAGAAGAAGAAGAAGAGGCGAAAGAAAAAUCCACCAACAAGACGCGUUCAAAAGUCAUCCUCAAGAAAAGGAAGAAGACGACGACGACGACGAGGGGGGGGAAUUUUAACGAAGUAGGGGACGUGGUGAUUAAAGUGUACGUGAAACGAGGACAGGUUCCAGAUUUACAGAAACACGAAAAACGAGUGAGAGAUAUCGGUAAGACCCUGUUGAAAUAUCCAAACUCGAAAGAUAUCGUGCACGUGUGGCCGUUUCAGAAGGUGAAGGAAACGGAAAGGGCGGUGUAUUUGAUGCGACAGUAUUCGUUUUCGACGCUGUACGAUCGAUUAAAUCAACGACCGUUUUUGUCGUUUUUGGAAAAGAAAUGGAUUUGUUAUCAGUUGCUACACGCGAUGAAGUUUACGCACGAGAGGAACGUCACGCACGGGGACGUCAAGUGCGAGAACGUGCUGAUGACAUCGACGAAUUGGGUGUUUUUGUCAGAUUUUGCGAGUUUCAAACCAAAGUCGGUGCCGGUGGAUAAUCCAGCCGAUUUUACUUUUUACUUCGACGCUGGAGGGAGGAGAAGGUGUUAUUUAGCACCGGAAAGGUUUGUAGAUAGUAACGCGAACAGCAGUAAUAUUAAUAACGAUAGCAGUAGUAAUCUUCAGGAGUUGGAGAUGGAGAAGGAAAAAAGAAUACAAAGAGGCGCGCGAAGAGGGAGUAAAGGAUAUACUUCGGACGGAGAAGAGGACGACGAAUUUUAUAGCGAGUAUGCGAUCACGAGAGAGAUGGAUGUGUUCGCUUUAGGUUGUGUUAUCGGCGAACUGUUCACAGAUGGUACGGCGACGUUUGAUUUAGCGCAAGCGCUCGCGUACAGAGACAAAAACGAAGGAUACGAACCGGACCAUUUCAUCGCGAAUAAUCUCUCGAAAUCAGUUCCAAACGACAAGAAAGCCCGAGAUGAAAUUUUGAACUUGAUUUUAGCUAUGAUUCAACGCGUUCCGUACGAAAGACCGUCGGCGGAGGAAAUAUUCAACUCGUGUGUUGCGUCUGGGUUUUUUCCUGCGUAUUUUGACGCAUUACACGCGAUGGGAAGUGACAUAAUUAACGCCAACGCAAGUUUAGACGUCACGAUUGAAUAUUUGAAAAAGGAAGUUCCCGAUAUCGUCAAGAAGAUUCGGAAAGUGGAGGAAAGGCUACCGUCAUCGAAAGCGAAAGGCGGAUCGCCUGGUAUACGUAUUCUUGCGCAAUAUCUGUGUCUAGCUAUACGCGCGUGCAAUGUACAAAGUGUCCGGGUAGACGGAUUUUAUUUGCUUGAAAAGUACAUCGGCAAAUAUUGCGACGAUCAGACAAGAAUCGAUCUCAUUGUCCCAAGAUGCGUCGAAACGAUAAAAGAAAAAGACUCUGAAAACGACGACGAUAACGAUACUGUCGUUAUUGUGAAUAACAUCAACAGCAGUAGUACGAAUAGUAACAGUCGCGCACCAUCGACGUCUCGAGUGAAAGCUGCGGCGAUUAGGACUUUAGAGGCGACGCUUUCUCGAGCGUGUGAUUUGCAGAAAUCAGAUUCAAAGUUAUUCCAAGACUACGUCUGGCCAGCUUUGCGUCAACUCGCAGCUUUAUCGUCCAGUGCUGCACAAGCCAACGAAAGUCGGAACGAAUACGCGAAAGUUACGUUAGCUGAAACGCUCUCCCGCUUUUGUCAAAACGCGUUUCGGUUUUCCGCGCAGCGCUCAGCCCUAGGAUGCAAAGAAGUUCUCGAUGAAGACCAAGCGAGCUUAGCUGAAGAUUUCGCAAAGUUGACGACGGUAAAGUCUGGGACGAUUUACUCGGAUGAGAUUGGAGGGGGAGAUGCAUCUACGUAUACCGCUUUCGAUGAUGUGGACAACAAUCAAAAUAAUUCAAUGAACCCAAACAAUACCGCUAAUGGAGGUGAUUUUGGUGAAAGCGCGAACACGAAUACUACUUUUGGUGGAAAGAAAACAUCGGCGAGUGACUCAUUCGACAUAUCUAUUCAAGCGCACAGAAACGAAGCGCGACAAAUUAUAUUGGAGAUUUUUGCGAGCUUGAACACGCAUCCAAAUGCCACGGUGGCUUUGUUGGAAAAUAUGGGGGGGAUCGCAAAGUUUUUCGGCCGCAAAGAGACGACGAGUUUUUUAUUGCCGCUCUUAGUGACGUGCUUAAAUGCAUCCGAUUGGCGGACGAAGCGUGCGUUCUUAUCAAACAUUUCAGAUGUUGCCAUGGAAUGUGGGGCAUCUGUCACAGAAUCGUUUGUCAUUCCCUGCGCGGAGAGGUGCUUGACAGAUAUAAAUGAUGACGUGGUUCAGGCAGCAUUACAAUGUCUCCAUAACAUCGUCUCUGCUGAUGAUGAAAGUGAUGAGAAUACGGAUUCAGAUUAUGUAAUCGCAAGCGCCGUUUCGCUUGAUUUGCAGACAUCUGUCAUUGUUAACGCGUGCUCAAAAUCUGCGCCGUUGAUGUGUCAUCCGAUCCAAUCUAUACGAGACGCAGCGAUUGAUUUCUUCGCCUCGGCUGCAAAGAAACUUGGACCAGUCGAUACUUUUGCAUUUCUCGCGCCAAUAGUUGAACCAUUUCAAAGAAAAACACUGGCGCCGUUGCCAUCAUCGUCGUCAUCUCUUUCGUCUUCGAAUGAACAUAAUAAGAGUAAAGAUUCCGUAUUGUUGUGGGCAACGUGCCCGGAUGCGUUUCAAGACGCUCAAAGUUUACGAGCCGCUUUGAGGGAUCCACCAUUGAGCGAGUCGUACGACCGAGCUGUUGCUUCUUUAUUGCAGAGUAAUUUUGCUUCUGCUGAUGAUUUGAAUAACUUUGCAAAUACGGUCAUCUUAGAAUCUUUAGCGAUUGAGGAGUCUGUGCAGCCUCUAGUACCUUACAUUCUGGCAACGUUAGAGGCGCGACGAAGACAAAACGCCCGGGUUCUUGAAUCACGCGAGGGAGUAGCUAUUGCAUCAGGAACCGCCGCAGCAUCAAAGCAUACUUCUGCGUCUGCCAUUCUCUCUACUUUCCGCAAACCCCUCGUUGUGCCGAGCAAGUCUAUACCUGUGGUGGACGUUGUGCAAACGAACGAUGGUUUUGAGAAUUCUGUCGCUUCCAAAUCUCUCCCCGCGAUUUCAACUGCGGCAAGGAAUAUAUCAUCGUCCGCAUCGUGGGUUCCUCGCGGUGUGCUCUGGGCUCAUUUGAAGGAGCACAGAAGUGCCGUGAAUCAUCUCGCCACGGCGCCUACGAAUGCAAACGUGCCGUAUUUUGUAUCGUGCUCUGAUGACGGGUCGUGUAAGAUUUGGGAUUCCAGACGAUUGGAACGAGAUGUAUCGUUUCGUUCGCGCCUGACGUACGCUUCUCAGAGCGGCAAGAUUAAAAGCGCGUGCGUCUUAUCUGAAAAUAGAGUCUGUUCAGGCUCCGAUUGUGGGUCGGUGCACGUGUGGCGCGUGGAAUAUGUAAAAGCAACGAAAACAUCAAAGAGCACCGGAGAAGACGGUCCAGAGGGCAGAAAAAGAAUGUACACCGGUGCGGCUGAAAAGUACACUGGUGCGGCUCAAAUAUACACGUAUGAUAUUUCGGAAGGUGCGGUCGUUUCCACCCUGGCGAUUUCGCCAAGCGUUGUUGCCUUUGCAACGCAGCGUGGCGGAUGUAAAGUUUGGGAUUUACGGCAGUCCACCCGAGGUGACGGGAGAAGCGCGAUUGUCUCCUUACCUUGGCAUCCGAAAAGAGGCGUGAUUACUUCUCUUGCAAACGCAAACGGUGAAGUAUUGACAUCUGAUUUUAGCUCUAUUCCCUUCGUAAACAGUGGGAAUGUUAACGAAGAAGGCUUCUCAACCUCGCCAUGGUUUGUUUUAUCGACGUCGACGGGUGAAGUCGAGCUCAUCGACUCGAGAUUUAUGACAUCUGUUGCCCGAUGGAAAGCUCCGACUCGAACAAGCGCGAGAAAUGCAUCAUCCGCAGCAACGCAGCCACGUAGGAAUUUGCGCACAUUCGCCGACUCGAUUUCAUGCAUGAGUGUUCGUGCGUUCUUACCUCCGUCUUCUGACGCCAUGAAAAUGAUGAAACCUCUGGUUUGGUGUUCACACAAAAGGAACGAGAUUGCCUUGUGGGAUGCAUCCACUGGCGAAUGUAGAGAAGUUUUACGAACUUUGGACUCUAGUUUAAUUGGCGUUGAGUUGGAAGCAGCGAGCAGAGCCCGGCCGAACGUGUUGGCAUCUGGUACGAGUUUACGUAAACUCGACUCUGAUUGGCGCUUGAGCGACCCUUUUUUACGCUCUCAAACGAAUAAAUACAGUCAAGCCGACUUUACUGCGACAACAACAAGCAGCGAAAGAGAAAAAAGAGAGGAGAAUUCUGUUGAAAGCGAGGAGGAUUCUAAUUGGAGCGACGUCGAAAUAAACGAAGGCAACGAAGAAUCGGGAUUCGACAACGACAGUUUCCGAUCGCUCCUCUCCUUGCCGUCCGGUGUGUUAAUCUCGGGAGGCUCCGAUUGUACCAUACGCGCGUGGUUUCCUGGAGAUAGUUCAAAAUCCCGCAUUCUCUCCGGCCCGCCUCGUCACGGUUCUAGUCGACCUCGAUACGUGGAAACCCGUCUAGAAUCCACCUCUCGUCUGGUCCGCGUCGGCGAAGCGAAACAACGUCCCACGUUCAUUCGCAUUCAGCAAGAAACCUCUCCGUACCAAUCAUCAUCGACAUCCUCCUCCGGGAGACAAAGACGCGGUGGUGGUGGUUUUGCUGGUACUGAUAACGACAACAACGACGGCUCCAGCGCGGCUGCUCGCGAAAACUCCAUCGCGAGCAGAAACGAGGGCCACCACGACGCCAUCACCGCGUUGGCGACGGUCCCGUCCUACUCCUCCUCUUCCUCUUCCGCCGGCGACGCGUUCAGAGGUGGUCGAAUGCUCUUAUCGGCCAGUAGAGACGGUGUGAUUAAAGCUUGGAAAUAG